CAUUGUUCCAACCCAAACCCACACCAGCGUGCAAAGACCUGAGAGCAACCUGCGAGGCGCCAGGAGUUGCGCACGUGGGCUGGUGAUCCAGAGCUCCGGAUUUCUCCGCUUGGCCGGGGCGCGGCGUUGAGGCGACUCCGUCCGUCUUCCUCACCCGAAAGAAGCUCUUGCAUUGUUUUCCGUCUCCAUCCAUCGCACCCUCAUCUCCAUUAGUCGUCGCCCGACCCAAUACCGCCAUCAUGUCCGUCCCUGCCUUCAGCGAUGUCUCCAAGGCGUCCAACGACCUCCUGAACAAGGACUUCUACCACGCCGCCGCCGCUGUCCUUGAGGUCAAGCUCAAGUCCCCCAACGGUGUCGCCGUCACCACCAAGGGCACUUCUGCUCACGAUGGUCCCAUUGCUGGCUCUGUCGAGGGCAAGAAGGCUCUGUCUAACGGCAUCACCGUUACCGAGUCUUGGAACACCUCCAACGUCCUCUCGACCAAGGUCGAGCUCGACAACGUCCUCGCCAAGGGCCUGAAGGCUGAGGCCCUCAGCGUCUUCGCUCCUUCCUCCGGCAACAAGGGCCAGAAGCUCAACCUGACCUUCAAGCAGCCCAUGUUCCAGACCCGCGCCUUCUUCGACUACUCCGCGGCUGGCAACCUCAGCGCCAUCGUUGACGGUGUCGUUGGCCACGAGGGCUUCCUCGUUGGUGGUGAGGCUGGCUACGACGUCCAGAAGGCUGCCAUCACGCGCUACUCUGCCGCCGUUGGCUACCAGACCCCUCUCUACAGCGCCGCCAUCACCGCUACUAACAACCUCAACGUUUUCACCGCCUCUUACUACCAGAAGGUCAACGCUGCCGUCGAGACUGCCGCUAAGGCUUCCUGGGACGCCAAGGCUGGCUCCGCCGUCGGUAUUGAGCUUGCCAGCAAGUACAAGCUCGACCCUCUGUCCUUCGCUAAGGCCAAGAUCAACGACCGCGGCAUUGCUUCCCUUGCCUACAACACCAAGAUCAACCAGGGCUUCACCUUCGGUAUCGGCGCUUCGCUCGACACCCAGAAGCUCAACGAGGCCGGCCACAAGAUCGGUGCCUCCUUCACCUUCGAGGGUUAAAUUAUCCAAUAUUGGACGCUUGACAGAGGAUUGGCGACAUAGAUGCGCGGACCGGCUUGCUGAUGCUGUAGCUUUAGCUUCCCAUUUUCUUCACGAGGAGUUGAUGCUAAAUGACUACAUUGCGAUGUAUUCUCGUUUGUGCCGCUUUAUCUUCGCGUGUAAUUUGAUCCAUGUACUAUCAUGUAUCACCACAUACAUAAAAACAGAACUAGAAUGCAAAACGUCACAUCAAACCCUGCCUAUAACUUUUCGGCCGGUCGGUUCUUCCGAUAACUGCCCCCUGGCCCCCUCUGCUCUUUGACGAGCUCGUCCAGCCCUGCACCCUCUGCCACACGCAGUAGGUAUCCCCAGAGCACAGGCGCGCUGUACCCCGCAUUUACCCCGUACUCGGCGGCUAGGUUAUCGUAGGCCGAGAUGAGAGCGCGCAAAGGCGGAAUCUGGCCGUUGGUGG